UGAUUUAUUGGUUAGAAAAAAAUAAUUUCAAGAUGAUGAUGGAUUAUUUUGUGACCAACAGUGCCCUGGCAGCAGCACCCAUGGGCAUUCAGAGUACAGCAGGUGCUGUACCUGUAAGAAAUGAUAAAGGUGAAGUGUCAAUGAAAAAAGUAAAAGUACACAGAUAUGUUUCUGGUAAACGACCUGACUACGCACCAGCUGCAAGCUCCGACGAAGAGUCUGAAGAUGACGACUUUUUGGAAAAAUGUGCCAAGCCAAUUGAUCCUGACGUAAGUAACACUGAUAACAAACUAUUAACAUCAAGAGCACACGAUGAACAAGAUCCACGUUUGAGACGACUGACUCGUCUUGUUCGUAAAUCAGAUGAAGAACCAGAAACAAUUACUGAACGACAUCGGCAUAUCCAUGAGCCAGAGAUCAUUGAAACAGAGAUAAAAAAUGCCCGUGAAAAAAUAAAAUUAGAGAGUUCUGAUUCUUCGGAUGAUGAAGAAUUGUCUGAUACUGAGAUCGAGCGACGUCGUGAAGCACUGAAAUUACGGGUGCUGUCUAAGAAGGAUACUGAAGAGGAAAUAAUUAAAGACGAAGAAGAAAAAUCAGAUUCAAGUUCUGCUGAAAGUUCCGAAUAUGAAGAAUAUACGGAUUCAGAGGAGGAAUGCGGACCUAGAUUAAAACCCGUAUUUGUUAUGAAGAAAGACAGAAUUACUACGGCAGAACAAGAAAAAGAGGCGUUCAAACAGCAGCAGAUGGAGAUUGAGAGUAAGAAAAUGGCUGAUGAAAGGAAAAGACAGACUUUGAGAAUGGUUGAGGAAGCUAUUCGAAAAGAAACUCAGGGAGGCAAAUUGGUAGACAGUAAGGAGAGUAAGUUGGAGGAUGUCUGUACAGACGACGAAAAUGAUGAGGUUGAAUACGAAGCUUGGAAGUUAAGGGAACUUAAGAGAAUAAAACGGGAUCGCGAAGAACGUGAGGCCAUUGAAAGGGAACGACUCGAAAUUGAAAGAAUCCGAAACCUAACUGAGGAAGAACGUCGGCAGGAAGCUAAGCUUAAUCCAAAAGUCAUCACCAAUAAAGCUGCCAAAGGAAAGUAUAAAUUUUUACAAAAAUACUAUCAUCGCGGUGCGUUUUAUCUUGACAGAGAUGAGGGUAUAUUGAAACGUGACUUCUCUGGUGCGACGCUUGAAGAUCAUUUUGACAAAACCAUCUUACCAAAGGUUAUGCAAGUUAAGAACUUUGGAAGAAGUGGUAGAACCAAGUACACUCACUUGGUAGAUCAAGAUACCACGCAAUUUGAUUCCCCUUGGAUAUCUGAGACCGCUCAGAAUCUAAAGUUCCAUAACAAUCAGUCGGCUGGUAUGAAACAAAUGUUCGAAAGACCUUCGCUUAAAAAACGAAAAGAUGACAAUUAACUACUGAUAUAUUAUUAAUAAAUUAUAUUUAUCCUUAUAAUUAACCAUUAAUACAUUUUUUAAGCUAAGUAAUAAUAAUUAAAAUAAUUAUAACUAUCACACUAGUACUGAAAAGUAAUUGAUGUAAAUAUUUGUAAAUAAUUGAGUUUUCUCUUCUAAAU